CCUCGAAACCUUAUAUGUCCCCGCACCCCUCGCUUCCUACCACCCUCAAAUAUACAAGCAGCAAUGACAACGGAUCAGAUUGAUGACAAAGAACACCCACAAUUGGUUGCCUUCGAUCUCGACUACACCUGCUGGCCCCUCUGGAUCUACACCCACGUAACCGGCCCCCUCAAGCCCUCCGGAAAGCCAAACCUCGUCUUCGACAAAUACGGUGACAAAAUUGCUAUGUACGACGACAUGCCAGAAAUCCUCCACUUCCUACAAGAACGCGACAUCCACGUCGCGGCGGCAUCGAGAACACAUGCACCAAAUCUGGCGAGACAAGCGCUGAGUUUGAUGACGCUACCACCGUCUAAUAAGAGGGCAGAGAGUUUUUUCGAUACGUGUGAGAUUUAUCCCGGGAGUAAGAUUAAGCACUUUCAGGAACUGCAUCGGAAAACCGGGAUCCCGUACACCGAAAUGGUAUUCUACGACGAUGAACGAAGAAACGUGGAGGUGGAGAAGUUGGGAGUCACCUUCGUGUUGGUGCCGGAUGGUGUUAAUAGAAGGAUUUUCGAGCAGGGGAUCGAAGAGUGGAGGAGGCGGCACAAGAAAGGGGAGGGGGAGAAGGUUGUUACGGUUAGGCCGAGGAAGGGGGCGAAGAAGGGGUUGUAGAGUGUGAGAUGCUGGGUUCCGAAUUUGAUGUCGAAGGUGUUAUGCCUCCAUCGGACAAUCUCGUCUCUGCAGUUUGAAUACGUCUGACGCUACGAUUAGAAGAGAACGGAAAACCGAGCGGCAGGGUCCCGUGGCCGUUAUAGACACAAACUGCAGGGAUUGACGGAUACGGAGAUGGAUGAAGGUCAAGACGGCCCGCAACAGGGCUAUUAGGCGGCUAGAUUAGUCAGACAACAACAAGACGCU